AUGCACAAAAUGGUCUAUGAAUAAGGUGAGAUGAUAUUUUAAAGUGUACGGGGAAUCUAUUUCUCACUUGUACCUGCGUUCAUUUCGCUGUGCGAGAUAGAAUGUAUGCAGCCACGUUUAUACCGACAGCCGAUCUUUGGUUGAUUCUACCUGAUGAACCUUGAGAAUAUAUUUGUCCAGCACAGACGAAAUGCAGCAUUUGUUGUCCAAACAUUUACAUUUUUAGAUUGUAACUAGUGAUGCAUACUUAGUUUUCUGUUUUUAAAGUCAAUUUGAAAUAUUAUAUUUUGGAACUGUCUUAUUUCAUGCACCAAUUAAAAUAGUCGAAAAGUUAAAAAGUCACAAUGACAAUAUGCUCCAUUUGCCUUGAACACCUUGAACAACCAGUGUGCUGUAUUCCUUGUGGACACCUUUACUGCAAUCGAUGUAUCAGGGACUGGAGAAAUAGACACAACAAUCGAUGUCCAGAAUGCAGGGAACCAUUCACAACAGUACAGUCUAUAUACUUGGACACUGAAUCUAUCAAAGAACUGUUUAUUGAACGGACAAGACUAAACGAUUCCGUUGAUGAACUAACAGCAACUAUUGACAAUUUGCGCCAGAAUCCAUCAAAUGAAGGCAAUAACCAUUUACAUUCUGAAGUAGAAGAGGUACAGACCUUAAAUGCAGUAUUGUUGAGUGAUAUAGACCAGAAGGUGCUAGAGUUCGAGGAAAUGAAAGACAAAUUUGAAAGAGCAGAAGCAAUUUGUGAGAGUCUACAAAUUCAGAAUAGUGUAUUAAAUCUAGAACUUAAACGAGCCAACAUUCGGAAUAGAUCUACUCCACCUGUAAAAGGUUUCAGACGGAUGAUUUUCUUAAUUGAGAAAAAGGUCCUUGAUUCAAUAAUGUUUAUUGAAGAUAAUAGUGUUGCCCAUUUUGCUACAAUCAUCUUUCUGAUCUUCACAUCAGUUUGCUUCUUAUAUCUUGGUGUAUGUAUAUUAACUGAAUGGUUUUCGGAAAAACCUGAUUUCCUAGAAGAUGUAGUUGUGCGACACUUAGGGUUCUUGAGCGAAAGCAAUACUUAUAUAACAUCAACGUUUUCAUCAGUGGCAUCAUAUGUCCUAAAUGUUAUUAGACUGUGUAUUACAGCAUGUAUAAACUAUAUACGAAUGUGUACUAAUAUCAUUGAUGAGAAGGUCAGCCCAUAUUUGAACGAAGACAUACAAAAUUAUGAUUACAAACUUAUUGUCUAUUGGACUUGUCAAGUAGUUUAUUCAGUUUUUGUCAUACUGUUUGCUUUUUGUAUUUUUGUGAUCGGUUCCUUUUUGGUAUUACUUAUGUGUAUUUGUUUAAUAUUUUCCUAUGCUUUAUUGAUUUCUAUCUACCUAUUCCUGUUCAUUUGUAUAGGUGCAUUGCUCAGUCUCAAAACUUUGUUACAGGCUUUUCUUUUGCGCUAAUUACCUUGCAACAGACCAAUUUAAAAGAGUUGUUGCAAAGGUUAAUUGACAAUCAAUUCAAAUAGCAUACCACUCUCCCUAUUUUAGACAUUGGAGACAUUGUGCAUAUUUUAUUAUUCCACAGAGAUGGUCAUCUUUAGCAGCUAUAUAGAGAAAAGCCUUAUUUACAAUAAGAUAUUUGUAUACUCUAGUCAACCUUUUGAGGUCUAUAGUGACAAGGUUAUUGAUGAAUUAUAUAUACUGU